AUGCCAGAAACAAAAAAUUGGACAGCAAAAGCAAUCAAAUUUCUGAUUGAAAACAGGGGUGAUCUUGAUAAUGAAUUUAAUAGCAAUAAAAAAAAACACAAAAUUUGGGAAAAAAUGUCUAAUAUUUUAAAAGAAAAUGGUAUUGCAGUGUCUGGACCAAACUGUAAUAUUAAAUUCCGAAACUUAAUGGCUACAUUUAGGGACAAUGUACAAAGAUCCAAUAAGUCUGGUGAAGGAGCUAUAAAUUGAGAAUAUUAUGUUAUAAUGAAACAGUAUUUUGGGAAAAAGGAUUCUGUUACUCCUAAUCAGAAUACAUUAUUAGGAAGUAACCUACCGAAUUCCAGUAAAAUGAAUUUGAAAAAAUCAGAUGAACAUACCAAACAACAACGUUCUCAACUAUUAGAUUACAUUGGCGAAGAAAUAAACUCUGAUGAAGAUAAUAUAGUACCAAAAAGGAAAAAAUUCCAAGAGGUUUUAUUAGAGGAAAUGAAGGAGGAUUUUGUUUUUAAUCAAACUCAUGUAAAGCUUAAGUUAUAUUGUUUUGUUUUGUUUUUCUAA